AUGUCCACAAUAGCCCAAGCAAACCACCCCCACCAACACAAACCAUCCCCUAAACGCUCUUCCCUCUCCCCACGUCUGUACACAGAGACCCGAGGCGACGCAUACACCCGAGCCCUCGGUCGGAAUCCCCAGGUCGCCGACGAGGACGAAGACCUCCCGGUCUGGCUCAACUACCUGCUCAACAUUGUUUUGAACACAGCCCUCCUCCUCAUCUCCACCGCCCUCCUCGCGCGUAUCGCUACGAUCGUAGGGGAUCAGACUGCCACGGUAGCCGAGCUGGUGAAGAAUGGAGCUUGUCUAGUCCCGGAACUGAACAGUUGGCACAUCACCAACAACACUAUAAUCUCCCCCCUUCGGCUACACACCAUCGCAGCUCUCUACCUCCUCUCCAUCCCGCUUCUCGCAAGUCGCUCCGCCGACGGAUAUAGCGUGACAUUCCAAGACUUCCGCUCUGGGAUGGCGGUUGCAGCUUUCGUUAGUGUGGUGGGCUUGGGGGUGUGGUGGGUCCUUGUCAUGGGGACACUUUUUGUCAGGGACGUGGUGGCUUGUGGGGGAGCAGUGAGGGAGUGGGUGGGGAGGGCGUUGGUCAAUGAGACGGAGGUGAUGAGGGAGCAGUAUGAGCUUGUGAAGAGUGCACGUGCCAGGUUGGUUAGGGUUGAUGGGGUGUGA